AUGGAAAACCAAAGCGCCACAAAGGACUUCCACAUAGUAGCCUUUUCCAGUAACGAAGAUAUUCAGCUGUUUCUCUUUGUGGUCUUUUUAUCGAUAUACUUAAUCGGCCUUCUAGGGAACUUAAUUAUAAUCACAGUGACAUGUAAGGAUACUCAGCUACAUACCCCCAUGUACUUCUUCCUUUGCAAUCUGUCGUUCAUAGACAUAUGUUACACCACAGUGACUAUUCCUAAACUCAUGGACAUUUUAUUAACAGGAAAUAAUCUCAUAUCUUUUGUCCAAUGUUUUACACAGAUGUUCUUCUUCAUUUUUGUAGGUAGCAUUGAAGUCGUUCUGUUGUCAUCCAUGGCGUAUGAUCGUUACGUUGCGAUCUGUAACCCCUUACAAUAUUACCUUAUUAUGAACCAAAAAAAAUGUGCGCUCAUUUUGAUUGGUAUCUGGAUACCAGGAUGUUUUAAUUCUUGCAUCGUCACGUUCUUUGCUUCAAAAUUAUCUUUGUGUCAUUCCAAUAAAAUUCAGCACUUCUUUUGUAAUGUUAAAGCACUGGCACAAAUAGCUUGUGCCAACGUAGGAUUUGAUGUGAUGAUCUACGUAGAAAUAUUGAUACUUGGGCUUUUUCCACUAUUGAUCAGCUUCGCCUCCUAUACAAAAAUAAUUAAAAUUAUCCUAUCUAUUAAGACUACCAAUGGAAGAAGAAAAGCCUUCUCAACCUGCACGUCUCACCUCAUGGUUCUUAUCAUUUUCUAUGGAACCAUUUUGUUCAUGUACAUGAGACCGACUUCACAGGACUCUGACGAACUGGACCAGGUGUUCUCAGUGCUGUACGCUGCUGUGGCACCCAUGUUAAACCCCCUUAUAUAUAGUCUAAGGAAUAAAGAGGUAAAACAUGCUUUGAUGAGGAUAGUGGGAAUGAAAAGCAAAUAGAUUUAAGUGAGGUUUUACCUGAAUUCUAUUAUUCUAACAUUGUCCCUAUAUUAUCAAAAUAUUUAGAGAUUUAGAUUAAGAUUC